AUGACGAGUCUCGGUGCGUUCGAGACAGUUCUAUGUCCGAAGAAAAAGAAAGAACGGUUCAGCGAUGCUGAGGUUGUCGAGACACCACUCCGUGCCUCACGGAUCAACAGAGAACACGACGAGCCGUCCGCUGUCAAGACACCCCGGGCCUCAAGGAUCAAGAAAGAACGGUCAGCGAUGAAGAUUCCAGCGGUCUGUCUCACAAGUCAAGAAAAAGCCGGCCGUUGUCGAAACAACCAUGCCUCAAAGAUCAAGAAAGAGCCAUUUGGCGAUAAUUACGUUGUCGAGACAGCCCCGCGCCUCAAAUAUCAGGACACCCCGAACCUCAAGGAUCAAGAAAGACUCGAUCGUAGACUGUUCUCAAGAAACCCCGUGCCUCAACGAUCAAGAAAGAUCUGGUCGGCGAUGACCAGUCUGGCGAUGGCUAGUCUGGUUCUUGGAACAGCCGUGUCUCGAAAGAUCAAGAAAGAACCGGUUAGCGAUGAAGAGUCUGCUAUCGAGAUCCUAGGGCCCAAGAACGCUAGCCAUGCGGAGGUCGAGCCUGUGCAUGAUGACGAGAUAUUUGAGCCGCCCGAAGCCUCGAAGGAAGGCACUGGAGACGCCUAUCCUAUCCUUCCGGCGAGCGGUACGCCUGGCAAAGAUUCGCAGCAGUUCCCAUCGAAUCGAACGACCAUAGUGACUAUGACCCAGCACUUUCAGACCCGCCGGCGAUAUCUGCCCCACAACGGCGCUAAUAAACAGCCCGUCACCUCAGACGAUUCUGUGGUUUUGGCGAUUACGUUCUCGAAGACGAACGGUGAGAAGAAGGCGGGAGAAACUCAGCAGUUCCUCGCCACGCCAACAACAAAAACAAGAUUCAGAAGGAAUUGA